AUGGUCACGAAGCACGCGAGGAGAGCCGCCAAGGCGGCUGCGCGACACGAGCGGGGGCGCGAGGACGCGCGGCAGUCGUGGUUUGAACCCAGCGAGCCGCACGCGCGCCCCAGCGGCGGUCCGCUGGCGCUCGCGGCGAAAACAGCUGAAUCAGGGUCCACUGGGCAGCCGGAGAUCAGCUUGGAGGAGUGGGAGGACGCGACGGACGCGCCUGGGAGCACGGUGGACUUUGGCGGUCGCGUGCUCGACCUCAGGGCGUUCCGCGACGUAGGGUUCGUGCUUGAGACCGGCGGCAAGACGAUCUCGAACUGCACGAUCAAGGGGGGCCUCAACAUCGAGAGCCCGCCGCCCGAGGACUGCUGCACGAUGACACACGAGCACUUGCGCUUCGUCAACGUUCACUUCGAAGGGACGGGGAUGACGACUAGGAGGCGGGACGGGCUCCGGUGCGCGCGCGUCGUGUUCGGAGAUCUCUUCAUGACCGGGCUGGUGACUUGCAUCUGCGCGGACGGCGUCACCUUCGAGCGCUGCUCCUUCACGGGGGCGUGCGACGCAGACGUGCCCGGCUGCCAAGAGGCUCCACGGUCCGGCGUCGUCGCGGGCCUCUUCGUGUCCGACUCGGCCGUCCGCGUGGAGAACUGUCGCUUCGUGGACAACAGGGGUCCCGGCCUGCACGUGACCAACGAACGUCCCCUUGGGCGGGAUUCGCCGGAGGGGGACGACUGCAGGGACACCGCCGUCGCCAUCAAGGACUCGCGCUUCGCGCAAAACGACUACUGCGGCGUCUUGGCGAGCAAGAGCGCCCAGGUCCACGUCGCGGGCUCGCAGCUGGACGCCAACUUGCUGUACGGCUUGGAGGCUACCGAGGGCGGGUUCGUCCGCGCGGUCGACACCAGGAUCCGCGGAAACGUGCUUGGAGGGGUGGCUGCGGGUGCCCGGGGGCGGGUCGUCCUCGAGGGCUGCCGGGUCGCCGACAGCGGGGGCUGGGCGCUGGAUGUCGCCUCCCAGGGCAGCGUGACCGCGACCGACGUGGUCUGCUCUGGCUGCAAAGAGGGCGGCGUCCGGGCCAGGGAGGGCGGCCUCAUGCGCCUGACUCGGUCCGCAGUGCGCCAGAACGGCCGCACGGGCCUGUGCGCCGUCGACGCGGGCUCGAAGCUGGUCGCGUCCGACGUGGAGGUGCACAGGCAGAAGGGGACGUGCGUGGUGGCGGAGGACGGCGGGGUCGUUGCGCUGAAGCGCUGCCGCGUGGCCGGCGUCGGCGAGGGGACGCAGGGCGUGUCAGCGUCACAGCGCGGGUCGACGGUGCACAUGCUGGACGUGGACAUGACGCGGGUGGCGCUGCCAGGCGUCGUGGUGGUGGCGGGCGGGAAGAUCAACGUCAAGGCGUCGUCGUGA